AUGCCACGCUCACCCUCGCUCUGCCCGCUGCUGCUGCUCCUGCUGCUGCCGCCGCUGACUCCAGGCCUCGGGCUCCGCGCCACCGGCGGCCGGCACCCCGAGUGCGGUCCGUGCCGGCCCGAGCGCUGUCCGGCGCCCUCGCGCUGCCCUGCGCCCGGGAUCGCAGCGCGCGACGAGUGCGGCUGCUGCGUGCGCUGCCUGGGCGCCGAGGGCGCGAGCUGCGGGGGGCGGGCGGGCGCGCGCUGCGGCCCCGGCCUGGUGUGCGCCAGCCGCGCCGCGGGGGUAGCGCCCGAGGGCACCGGGCUCUGUGUGUGCGCGCAGCGCGGCGCCGUCUGCGGCUCAGACGGCCGCUCCUACCCCAGCAUCUGCGCGCUGCGCCUGCGCGCCCGGCACGCGCCCCGCCCGCACCCCGGCCACCUGCACAAGGCGCGCGAUGGCCCCUGCGAAUUUGCUCCUCUGGUCGUCACGCCACCCCGGAGUGUUCACAACGUCCCCGGGGCCCAGGUGAACCUGUCCUGUGAGGUGAGGGCUGUGCCCACCCCUGUCAUCACGUGGAGGAAGGUCACACAGUCUCCUGAGGGUACCCAGGUGCUGGAGGACCUGCCUGGUGACCACGUCAAUAUCGCUGUCCAGGUGCGAGGGGGCCCUUCUGACCACGAGGCCGCAGCCUGGAUUUUGAUCAACCCUCUGAGAAAGGAAGAUGAGGGAGUGUACCUGUGCCAUUCCGCCAACGCGGUUGGGGAGGCCCAGUCCCACGGCACCGUGACAGUUCUAGAUCUGAGUAAAUACACAGCCCCCCACCUCCCAGCUCCAGAUGACCACAUGUGAUGGAGUCAGGGUCUUAGAAACAUUGAUGACAGGAUGUUGGAAGAGUCAAGUCAUGCAUCGUUUUCCUUGUGAAGAGUUGGAGAAACUGUGUUUGUAGAUGACCGCUUUUGUAUGUUUUUACAAAUUAGAUGCAAACUAGAUUCCUAUGCAGAUGUAGUUUUUAGCAGGGCAAGCAUUGGGAAACCAGACUGCACGUGGCUUUUUUAUACUUUUGAAAGGAAUUGCUCUGUGAGAAUUCUUUUUUAAUCUAACCUCUCCCAGGGAAGGUCACCUGGUGGUAUGUUUGUAAUUCUGAAGGGCUGGAACAAGAAGACCUGUGUCAGCCAUGAGUCUUUACCUCAUUUCUCUGUGACUGAUUAGUGUGUGUUGUAGGAGGGAGUAGGGUCACGCUGUCCUCUGCCUGCUCUCUGACUUGCUGUGUGUCCCCUCUCUGGGCCUUUGUCUUCUCACCUGGGAAUGUGGCGUUGGACCAGAGGUUACCCGUGUCCCGUUGAGCCCUGCCAUCCUAGAGUAAGAUGGCCCUGUGGGAAAAAUAGGGGAGGUAUAGUCUUAGCAUCCCUUUUAAGUUCCCUCAAAAACAGUUGCCGUGGCUUCAUGCUAGGCUGUGGAGCUGGCCAUAACUCUUCCUUCCCUGCCAUUUUCCCACCUUGAAGAGAUGGAGUCCUUGGUUGGGUGUUUGGGGACCAAGAUGUCCCCUUGUCAGCAAGCCCAGCAUUCUCUAACCAGGUGGGCAGUGGACCCCUGGCUCCUGGGCAUCAAACUGAGGAAAGGGGGUCAGAGGCUUCUUUCUCUGGGCUGUGGGAUUAGAGUGUAGUAGAAUACCUUUUACUUGGAGAGGUUCUGACCUUACCCAGGAAUAAGGCUUUCUUUUCUUUUCUUUCUUUCUUUCUCUCUUUCAAGAAGAGUACUUAAUAUCUGGGUGAAAAAAUAGAUACCCUAGGGGAUUCAAAUUUGUUUUUAAGUCAGAAUUGGGAUCUCAUUUGUGUCUCGUCCUUCAAGUUCAUGAAGUGCUUUUCCAUCUGUGGUCACUCCAACUCCAGGACGGCAGGCAGGGCGAGCAUAGAUGUCCCUCCCCCUUUGCAGAGGAAGAAACCAGGCGCUGAGAGGGAGGCGCCGAGAAGGACCGGAACUCAGGGCACCUGGCCCUAGUUGGCACCCUUCCCACGCUGCUGCUCAGGUAAUCUCCUAGCUGCAGAAAGGAAGGUGCUGCCAGUUUCAGGGGUCCCAGGGUAUCUUACCAAGGUCCUGCUCAGCUUUACAGCACACUCCCAGGCCACUCCCGCUGAGCAUUACAUUCUGGAGUCCUUUUUGGAAUUAAAUUUUCUGCCUUUGAGCCUGGCCAUUACAUAUCUGACAUAGUGGGGUAGUAUCACCUUCAUGUACUACAUGGCAGGAGCAUGGCCUGGGAAUCUGGAAACAUGAGGUCCAUUUGGGAAUUCAUCCCUGGCUUGCUGCCUGACUCCAAGCAAAUCCCCUUCACCUUCCAGACCACAGUUUUCCUCAUCUGAAUAAGAAGGGAAUGAAACUAGAUGGGUGGUUUGCAAACUUUAAAACAUCCGGUCCCCUUUCUUUGAAUAAGAUCAGAGCUGAAACUGGUUAACUGGAAGCUGUGCUUGUCUGUUGGAGGUUGGGGCUGCAGGGGACCCGCUCACAACCCCCCUAACUCAGCACCACCGACGCCCUCCCCUCUCUGCCCCCUGCCCCACCACGGGGUUUCGGUAUCCAAGGUCUGCAGCUAAGUCUUCUGGGGUGUGAAUAGUUAGGAGAAGACUUGCUUGGUAAGGCACUUAGUGAAACCGUCAGGAGAAGCAGGGAUGUAACGGCCUUAGAGAAGGUACUAGAACAAUCCUGCAUCUGCUGAUAGGCACAUUCAGUGAAAAUCACUUGACCCACCUCACAUGAGCCCAGUCACAGUUGGAGAGCUGGGUCUAGACGCAGAGAGCAGGGCAGAUGGAGCACUUGGGUGACAGAGCUGAACAUCGAAACCACAGGAGGCUGGGUUCACAGUGUAAGGAUGUGCAAAUCAUCAUCAUCAUUGUCAUGAGCACUCUCCGAAAUUUUCACCAAAACCAAAAAGGCAGAAAAACAGGAUUGUUCCAACCUCAUGACUUUUCAACCAGAAGAGCCCCAGACCCCUCCAGGGGCUGAGAGCACUGUGCUAUGGUUCUUGCCCUUCAGAAACAUGGUGCCCCCAGAGCCUGUGUUUUCUGCCCUGUUGUCAUAAAUGUGAUGAUGUCACAUGACCCCUGCGCCUGAAAAUAAAUGUUUUG